AUGUUGCCGACCGAGAAUGAUCUGACAGCCGCAAACUACUCAUCCUAUGCGCCCAUCCAGAUACAAUGUCCAAAGCGAGACCAAUGGGUCCGCUCAGCUGGAGGUCUCUCUGAUGAAGAGACGCUAUGGGUCGAAGGUCGAAAACACAAGGUUCUGGAAGGCUUGACAUCGUAUCUCGAGAGGCUUAACUUGAGCGACUUCGAUUUGGAAACAUAUCUCGCACGUCUGCAACAGAAUGAGGCGAAUGUACCUGCGCUUGGCAUGGCGAUCUCCGGUGGUGCCUGGUCUUCUGCUUUGACUGGGACUGGGGCGCUGAGAGCGAUUGAUGACCGCUUCUCGCCUGCUGUGGAGCAGCGUAUUGGUGGCUUACUUCAAUCACUGACUUACUUGGCCGGUCUCUCCGGAGGUUCCUGGCCUGUGAUGGGCCUUGCAACCUACAACUUCCCUACCAUCGACGCAAUGGUUCAUGCCUGGCAUGUGGACAUUUCACGGACCACAGCUACCACAGACACCGAGCACGCUGCUACAAUACAGACCAUGAUCGAACAGAUAGCUCCCAAGCACGACGCAGGCUACAGCUUAUCCUACAUGGACCUUCUUGGACGCAUGUUCGCCUACGAGUUUGUUGAAGGUCCAAACGGUGGCAUGGCUACCACGGUCUCGGGCAUUGCGGAGUUGAGCAAAUUCCGUGAGCACAAUAUGCCAUUACCGCUGUGGCAGGCACCGCAGCUGGUGGCGAAUGAUACUUCAUUCUACGGCAUCCGAGUUCCGGCUGAUAAUGCGGCUAUCUAUGAGUGGACCCCAUUCGAGGUUGGGAGUUGGACAGGGCCAGAGGAAUUCUUCCCUACCAAGUACCUUGGGACGAAGAUGUCUGAUGGCUUGCCAGUUGACAACUGCGUGGUGGGAUACGACAAAGCGAGCUUCAUGUUGGGAAUGGCAGCCGAUGCCUGGAACUACUGGCUCCUCGAGGCUUACUCAAACAACACCCUCGGAAGUUUCGCCAAGCGUAACACAGAACCUCCAACCAACUCCAUAACUAAAAGAGCCGGCCCACCCCUCUCCUUCCUCGACGGCAUCGCCUCCCUCUUCCAACAAGCCUACGGCCUCACCCGCAACGCCUCCCUCUACGUCAACAUCCCCAACCCCUUCACAACCUCCACCUCCACCGCAAACUCCACCACGACCCCCACAAACCUCACCCUCGUCGACGAAUCCGAAAUUCUCCAAGCCAUCCCCCUCUGGGGCCUCGCGCAGCCCGCUCGCGGAAUAGACUUCAUAAUCGCCUGGGACAGCGACGGCGACGCAGCACCCUACAGCUGGAACAACGGAACCUCCCUCUACGGAACCUACAUCUAUGCCAAAAACCACGGAGUGCCCUUCCCCAUCGUCCCUGAGCCCGCAACGUUCAUCAAUAGGAACUACUCGAUCCGCCCGACGUUCUUCGGCUGUGAUGCGAAUCUGACCACGACGAACGAUACCCAGGCUCCCAUCAUUCUGUAUUUGGGCAACGCGCCAUAUAGUGCGUAUACGAACUACUCCGCUUUUCAGAGCGCGUUUAGCGAUGAGAAUAUCGCGGUUAUCAUGACGAAUGGUUUCAAUCAGCUCAGUCAGGGGAAUGGGACGCUCGAUGCCGAGUGGCCGGAGUGUUUGGGGUGUGCGGCGAUUGAUCGGAGUUUGGCGAAGGUGGGGAUGCAGAGGAGUGAGCAGUGUCAGAGGUGUUUGGAGAGGUAUUGUUGGGAUGGGGUGAGUGAUGAUAAUGAUUCGGGGAUUGUUGAUCCGGCCUUGAUUCUCGAUCCGAGUUUCUCUUUCGAGGAGUGGAAUAGGACUGGACCGCAGGGUGGGGAUUUUUGGGCUGAGGUUUGA